GACACAGGAUAUGAGUCGGAAACCAGACUACUCUUCUUCUUCUUCUUCUUCUUCCUCUUCAUUAGGCACAACCCCCGUCUCUCAUCUUCAUCCCCAUCUUCAUCUUCAUCGGGUUCUCCAUGGCGGGUGGUGUUGCAACGGUGCAGCAUAACCUCAAGAUGCAGCCUUCUGUCUCACUCCUCCCCUCUUCUCAAUCUUCCUUCUGUGGCACCAAAUUCAACACCUCCGUUCAGUAUAAGAGGAAAGUAUGUCAACCAAAAGGCGCUUUGAACGUAACAGCAUCUGGUGCCAAAAAAAUUCUUGUAAUGGGAGGUACACGUUUCAUCGGGAUCUUUCUUUCCAGGCUACUUGUUGAAGAAGGCCAUCAGGUAACUCUGUUCACUAGAGGAAAAGCACCCAUCACACAACCCUUGCCUGGUGAAGCAGAUGAGGCAUACAAUGCUUUCAAAUCCAAGAUAUUACACUUGAAAGGUGAUAGGAAGGACUUUGACUUUGUGAAGACUAGUCUUGCUGCUGAAGGCUUCGAUGUUGUCUAUGAUAUAAAUGGGCGUGAGGCAGUCGAGGUGGAGCCUAUAUUAGAUGCAUUACCGAAUCUAGAACAGUACAUUUACUGCUCUUCAGCCGGUGUUUACCUUAAAUCUGAUCUUUUACCACAUUGCGAGACGGAUGCUGUUGACCCUAAAAGUCGACACAAGGGCAAACUUGAGACAGAGGCGUUAUUGGAGUCAAAGGGUGUUAAUUACACUUCAAUAAGACCGGUUUACAUCUAUGGCCCGUUGAAUUACAACCCUGUGGAAGAAUGGUUUUUCCAUAGGUUGAAAGCAGGAAGACCAAUCCCAAUCCCUAACUCGGGUUUGCAAGUAACCCAACUUGGUCAUGUCAAGGAUCUUGCUACAGCUUUUAUAAAGGUGUUGGGGAACCCAAAAGCAAGCAAGCAAGUGUUCAACAUAUCAGGAGAUAGAUAUGUUACUUUUGAUGGACUCGCAAGAGCAUGUGCUAAGGCUGGUGGAUUCCCCGAGCCUGAACUCGUUCACUACAAUCCCAAGGAGUUUGAUUUUGGAAAAAAGAAAGCAUUUCCCUUCCGUGAUCAGCAUUUCUUUGCGUCUGUGGAGAAGGCAAAGGUGGAGCUUGGAGUUGUACCUGAAUAUGGAUUGGUGGAAGGCUUGAAAGACUCGUAUGAUUUGGAUUUUGGUCGAGGAACGUUUAGGAAAGCAGCUGAUUUUGAAACAGAUGACAUUAUUCUUGGAAAGAGCCUUGUUUUAAGCUAAAUAUAAUAUCAUUUUCUCCCAAUUCAUUCAAGAUUAUGGAGCAUUCAAUACACUAUUUGUAUAACAAAGUCCAGUUUGUUGAUUUAUAUGAGAGAUGUCUAUUGUCUAAGAAAUGGGAAAUUGUUGUUGUGGCUA